AUGAAAGUUUGAUUUAUUGUAAAAAUAGUUGUAAAUAAUCUGUUAAAAAAAACCAUUGUAUUAGCUAUAAAACUUACAGUUUUUUUGAUUCGUGGCCAAAGACGGUUUGGAAACCACAUACUAGUUUUAUGUGAUUAUUUAGUCGUAAUUGUGAACGAGAAAUUUCAAUCAUGUCAAGCAUGGCAGACUCUGACAGCAGAACAGAAAGAGAGUUCACCUGUUCCCCAAGCAUGGCCCGGAUCAUCUGCUGGGAGCGAAGGUGCCUGUUUGUGGUACUGAUAGUGCUCGUGUCAAUGAUGACUGUUAAUCUGACGUUGGUGUUUUGGAUCAGCAAGGUCCUCAGCGUUGAUUCGCAUGGAAUGAACUACUUGCAGUCGUUCGGAGGAGGUGUUCAGUUCACAGCCAAGUCUUACGUACGAGAUCUGUUGAUCACCUCUGGGCUCAAGACUAGGGAAGGUCAACCGAUGACUGUGAGAAGCGUCAAAAAUCUUACACUGAGGACUACUGACAGACUUGGCUUAUCCACAUCUACCAUUGAACUGGGUGGAAGUGUCCUGAACAUCAACUCUCACAACUUCACAGUGUCUGAUCCUCGAGGCAAAACAUUGUUCAACGUCAACCCAGACUCCGUGUCUCUCUUCACACAGUUACUCGCCAUCUCAGGCGAAGGUGGAGCUGUUCUCAAGGGAGAUUUGUUGACACCCGUCGUCAGUGCUGAUGUACGGUCUAAUCUUGUACUGGAGUCCGUGAUGAAGAGCGUGGAGGUAGGCACACCUGCAGGCAUCUCUAUAGAGAGCAGAGCUGGAGACAUACAAGUAUCCAGCAACCAGGAUAUAAACCUGCAAACUGACGAGGGAUCUAUAAAGCUAGAGUCAUCCAACGUGCUGCUCCCUGGACUACAUAGACAUCAUCACAAACACUCACAUCGCAGUGACAAGAUCUACCAGCUGUGUGUCUGUGAGAAUGGUCAGCUGUUUUUGGGAGAAGCGGACGCCUUUUGUAACACAGAGGAAGCAAAUCUAGAGUUUUGUUGAAGGCAACGAUAUCAACAUUAAUCUGGGAAUCGGCUGUUUCUAUUAAAGAAACCACUGUCGGGGGCCAUGGCUUCAGUGGCUUUGAUAUCACUAAUCUUGAGCUAAGAUAAUGCUCAAGAUCCACAACAACCACUCUUGUAAGGAUAAUUCUUCCUCAAGUAGCAUUUGCACCAUGCUGAAAUAUUGAGAACACCAAUAACUAUUGUGGCAGGAUCAACCAGAAAUUGGAUGAAGCAGCUAAGAACUAUGACAUUAAAGGAUUUGCUGGAAAUGUUGCACAGCGGAAUCUAAUUCUGAGUUGUGGCAGCCAAGAAAAAAUCAAAAUAUAGAAAGGAAAAGGUCAUCGUCGUCUUUUGAGGGAAUCUGUUAAAGCAGUAAUACGCAAUUUAACCAACUCUUUCUUGGGAUAGGAAAUUCCCCUACCAGCAAGAAAUAUUCCUGAGUGUGAACGAUCUUAGCUCUAUAUUAUACUGCCGUCUAGUACAACAGCUACUGUUCUAUGGAUAAAAAAAACUCAUGUAACAAUGAUCGUGCUAUGACUAAUGAUCAAGUAUGUUUCAAAAUAUGAAGACGAAGUAGGCCUACAAUAUUUUACUUAAUUAAAUAUUUGUUUAGAUUUUGCUUUAUAUUCGAAUUAUAUACUUCAUGGAAUAUUUGUGAUAUCAGUUGGAAUAGCUAAAUAAUGCAAUAUUUAGUAAUAUUCAAAGCUAUGUUUAUUUCGUGAGCAUUAAAUUAUACACAUUAUCGCAAGAGGUUUUACGUAUGAAUGAACGUAAAUGCAGUCAUUUUUGCUGUGAUUAGCUGAAUCUAUGAGGUCUUAUGUUGAAC